AUGCUCUCCGUUCCUAUGCGAACGGCGGCCUUCAGAAUGUCGACUCCGUUGAGGCUACGACUUAUUCGAACCACCCCGAUUAUUGCCACGUGUCAGACCAGAAAUAUAUCCUCACAAGACGUCUUCAAAUUUUCUGAAACUGCUGCCAACGCGUCGGAUCUUCCACCUCUCCCAACACCACCAGUACCCGGAUUGUCGUUGGAUGAGCUCAUCGCAUCAGGAGAAUCGGUACUCGAGGAAUUGGGUUUAUGGUCUUGGUGGAAACCAUCUUCAUAUUUCAGAUGGGCGCUCGAAGGAAUGCACGUGCAUUUGGAUCUUCCUUGGUGGUUAACAAUCGUUGCUGCUACUUUAACACUUCGUGCUCUUCUUGUUGGAGUUCCAGUAAUGUCACAGAAACUGGUAGCAAAGCAAUCGAUGUACCGAAAAGAAAUGAAUGAAUUCCGUGAUCGUAUUGAUGAAGCAAGAAAAGAGAACAAUCAACUUCUUCAACAACAAAUUCUUCUGGAACAACGCGAUUUUCUUCGCUCGAAAGAUAUUCGUUUGGGUCGGCAAUUCCUUGUAAUGGCUGCAAACGGAGCAGUUUUCGCCACUCAAUUCUUUGCUAUCAAAAAGAUGAUUGCUGUAAACUAUCCAGGUCUCUCAACAGGCGGUAUAUUGUGGUUUACUGAUUUGACAGCAACUGAUCCAUAUUAUGCUCUUCCAUUCAUUUCGGCAGCUACAAUGGCUUUGGUGACAAAAGUUGGAAUUGAAAUGGGAACGUCUGCUGAUCAAAUGCCACCCAUAAUGAGAGCGUUUAUGAGUUACGGUCUUCCGGUUGUCAUUUUUGGAGUUUCUUCGCAAUUCGCUACGGGUCUCUGUGUGUACUGGACAGCUUCGAACGCCGUUUCACUCAUCUACGCGGGUGCAUUCAAAGUGGAUGCGAUCCGUAAAAUUUUCGGGAUUCCGCCAGUCGUACCACCACCACCAAGUACAGCACAGAAGUCAGCGUUCUCUCAAGUUCUCAAAUCGUAUAAAGACAAUAAAUCGAUUCCACCAUCAAUUGCCGAUCUCCGACAACGGGACGCGUCAUCGUUCAAAAAAGCGGGACGUGGCAAACCGAUCACAUGA